GUGGGUUCCUCCAAUACAGUACGGUACUGUAGAAUCUUGGAGACUGUAAAUCAAUAACGACAUGUAAGGUAUGCCCCAAGGCACAAACCCACAUACGCCCUUCAUGUCAAAAUGUGGCUGUGGAGUUCGGGGUUUGUCAUCGGCACGACUCGACAAAUGGAACUACCUAGGUAGGUAUGUUUUUGAGGUAGAGCGGACUUGGUUAUCUUUUUUUUCAUCACGUUCGUAUCAGCAAAGCCCGCGAAAUACAGUUCAGUAACCGACUACGUUGCCCAACUUGAACAAUUCCCUACCAAUACCGGUACCCAUUGACGAGCUCGUCUAUUGCAAAAACAUGGCCACCAUCAAACAUGCUAGUCGGGAGGACAUCCCAGCAAUUCUCGGCAUGAUCCGAGAACUGGCCGACUACGAACAUGAGCUUCACUCCGUCGAGACAACCGAAGCCAAACUUCUCGAGACCGUCGCCCUUGCGCCCUCGGACCCAUCUGCACCUCUCAGUCUCCCUAACGGUCUCCCAAACACCGAACCGACUUCACCCGCCAAGCCUGCUCGCUGCCUUGUCCUUUCCGAUCCAGACGGUACCACCUGUGGCAUGGCAUUGUACUUCUACAACUACAGCACAUGGCGCGCCAGGCCAGGUAUCUACCUGGAGGACUUGUACGUGCGUCCCGCGUACCGCAAGAAGGGGUACGGCCUGCGGCUGUUAGCGACACUGGCAAGAGAGGUAAGAUCAAUGCAGGGCACCAGACUGGAAUGGGCCUGCUUGAAGUGGAAUGAGCCUAGCAUCAAGUUCUACGAGAGUAUCGGGGCUAGACAGCAGAGUGAGUGGGUUGGCUUCAGGGUCGAUGGGGACAACUUGGCGAAGCUUGCCGACAUGACCAAGCAGUAACUGGUAAAUAUAUGUUGGUCAGAGCCGAUGCUUGGCAUCUGGGGUAUCAUUGGGUAUGUAUAUAGGAGACAAGAUGUGGCCCGGUCUAUGAGCGGCCGACCUAAACAGCACAGGCGCCAGUCGCUGCUGUUUUUUCUAUUGGAAAGCCAUUCAGAUCCACACCUUGGAACACCUGAUGCCAAGUUUGUGAUGCGUUGUUGCUUCUAGUAGUACUUGGCUGGCCGAACUUCACGUCCCAAUCUUGCACCGAAUUGCCUUUCUUUUCAAUAAACGGUGUCAUUCGCCAAACUUGCUCGUACAUGCGGCGCAUAUUCCGCGUAGUCAUCUUGGAUGAUAAUCCCUCUGGUGCGAAUCCCAGCUCGUCAUUGGGCUGCGGUAUGCCACUGAACAAUACCCUCUUACGAGACGACUUGCGAUCAACCCAGCCGGUUGGCUGCAAGAGGUAAUUCUCCAUGUCCCACGACUGCUUUGCAAGUUCUAGCUCGGCGUCCUCACCAAGAACAGCCACUGGUCUCCUUGGUAGCACUUGCCCGCGCGCCAUAUCCUUUCCAUGAGCGAGAUCUCGCAGUAUAGUCCAUUCCUCUUUAGGAACGGGCGGGAGUGCUUUCUCCGCAAGGAGCUUCCAGAACCUUCUGACUUUUGUGCGAGCUGGUUUUGGAGGGAAGGGAAGGCUAAACCCGUUCAGUUGGGGCACGUUGUGGUAUGCAUCCAACCGCUUAUUCUUGAUCUCGUACUUCUUUGGCAAGUCGGGCACCUCCAACUGGGCUUUCAACAAUACAGCGAACUUGUCGGUAUCCCAGCCAUCCAGCCAGUCAUACGCCAGCGUCUCCUGGCGCUCUCGAGCACGAAACUCCAUAAGGUGCUCAGGAACGGGCCCAGUUCCUAUCUUCCAGUCCAGAAACUUUUGCAGAGCAGUGCUAUCCCGGGGCGGCUCCCGACGUAAGAAGUCUGAAAUAAGCUGGCGACGACGGAAGCCGAUGCGCCCAAACCCAGUUUUGACGAGCUUCUCCAGGCUAUUAUAGUCCCCGGCGACUGCAGCUCGCAUGGUACGAAGCUUAGUGUUUCCUUUGCGAAUUCGAGUCGUUGGGUCUGGAUCGUGCCGGUGUCGCUGGAACAUGGAUACAAUCCGCUCCGUUAAACAGGGCCGGAUCACGGGGGGAAGGUAUGAAGCUUCACGGAGAAGGUGGCGGUAGAGGUGCAAGGGCGUUCUUGGGGCGGGAAGCUGGAGAGGCAUGGUUGCGUUUGUAUGUUACGCUUCUCUCGAGGAUCUAUAUCAGCGCGAGGCAGAUGCCGAGACAAGCUGCGUGCGCGGAAUCAGCAUGAAGACGUCGUAUGGGGCUACUGCUGCUCUCGUAGUCAACCUAAUAGCUUCAGGAGUAGCAGCUGUAUGAAUAAUUUAUCAAUUAUGGCAUCGUUUUGGCGGGGACUGAAUGGUCAAG